AUUCAUAACAGUAAGCGACAUGUUGAAGAUAAUUUCUUCUCAAGAAUGCGAGAGUAUCGUGAAACAAAGUGUGAAUAAUGACGAUAUAAAAAUAGUGAGUUACAAGAUAUUGCCACAUGUUAAUUGCCAUGGAUUCCUAUCUGAACAUUUGUCGAUCCAAGUUAAAUUACAACGAAAUGGUGAAGAUGAAAUUACAAAGCAUCGAUACUUUGCUAGACGUUUUCCAACGAAUAUUUUGAAGGCAAGUUUUGCUAAAGAUGUGAACUCCUUUGGAAGAGAAAUCAGCAUGUUUGAGGUGGCCCUAAGGAAAUUUUGUGCGACCAUUCCUAAAUACGAAAACGAUUUUGCUCCAAAGUUUUACCUGGGAAGGAAGGAUGAUUUGAUUGUAUUAGAAGAUUUGUCCAUUAAAGGAUACACCAUUGCCAAAAAGCCAAACUUAAACUUACUGGAUUUGGAUCACAUAAGAGUAGUAUUAAAAACAUUGGCGAAAUUUCACUCCGGAUCAUUGGCGUACGAAGAAAUAAAAUCGAAGGAGCUAAAUCGUAAUUUUAGCUUGCUAGAAGAUUUCAAUUUUGAAUUGAACGAACCGCUUUUCAGCAAGACCGAAGGACAUCUGGGAAAGAAGUAUCUACUAGCCAGCAUGGACGGAUUAAUGGGGACGAUUCAAGAAGUUCCAAAAAAUUGCGUCUCAACCAGAGAGCUGAAAGACAAAAUGUGGAAACUAUUUUACGACGCUUUUGAAGUAAUGCAGCCUCAGAAGAAAUUCAGAAAUGUAUUAUGUCAUGGUGAUUUGUGGCCCAGGAACUUUUUGUACAAAUAUGAAAAUGAUCUGCCUACAUUUUGUAAGUUAGUCGAUUUUCAAUUAUUGCGAUACUUCCCCCCAGCCCACGAUGUCCUGCUUCUAAUAUUCCUAACGACAAAUAAGGAAAUGCGACAGCAUCAUUUUCACAAUCUCUUGCGCUACUAUCACAACUGUCUUAAAGAAGAAAUGGCAAAAUAUGGAUAUGACAUUAAACGAAUAUUAAGUUUUGACGAAUUUAAAGUUUCUGUGCAUCAUUUGUUGCCAACCAUCAAACUCUUUACUGCUAUAGAAUUGUCAAUGUUAGCAGCUAAUACGGAAUACAUGACUGACAUUUUAAGAAAUCCGGAAGAUUUUGAAAAUUUUGUAUUCGGCAAUCGAUCUCCUUACAUCAAGAUGCUUCUGGAACUGGAUGAAGACUAUAAAUACUUGUUAACUGAAGCAGUUAUAGAAUUAAAGGAAAUACUCACAAUUCCUAAAGUGACCCGAGAAGAUUGUUAUAAAGUAAUGAACAGGAAACUGGGAUCAUCAUAUUAUACGUUUGACUCUUUCCAAGUAAUACCAUUUUCUGAAGCUUCUGGCUUUUGCGGAGAUUAUUACAAGCUCAUUAUUUUUAUACACCACAAUGUAAAGAAGAGGGAGUAUGACUUUUUCGUUAAGUGUAUGCCUUCAGGGAAGUCACCGAACAGAAUGGCUUUGGAAACUGGUCUUUUUUCAAAAGAAAUUUUUAUAUAUGAAACGUUUUCGCAGUUGGCUAACAAUAUCGAUGUAGAUUUUAUAAAUGAUUGUAUAACUACUUGUUAUUUUACAAGAGUAAACGAUUUGGAAAUUAUGGACGAUUUGUCAUUGAAAGGGUAUAAAACAUUAUCAGCUUUACAACCAUUCAAUUUAGAAUUACUGACGAUGGCGAUAAGAAAACUGGCGCAGUUUCAUGCGUCAUCUUUAGUGGUCGAAGAAAAAAUGACUGAUCAAUUAGAAAUCAAAUACAGAUUAAAUGAAGAACAUGCAGAUAAUUUGAAGGAGAAAUUUUUUUUGAAAUACGACAACCAUCAUGGUGGACGUCACUGGCGUGCUGGUGUGUUUUCGAUAGAUUUAGUCCUGGAUUUGUGUAGUGGAGUUCUGGAUUUAAAUACUAAGGAGUUGCCAUUUGAAGACUUUAGGACGAAAGCAAGACACAUGCAAGAUUUGUUUUUUGAAAUAAUAAAACCGUCAGAUAGAUUUAGAAAUGUCAUAUGCCAUGGAGAUAUGUGGAUUACCAAUAUAUUAUUCAAAUUUGUAAAUAAUAAACCUGUUGAUUGUAAAUUUAUUGAUUUCCAAAUGAUAAGAUACUGUCCGCCAGGUCAAGACAUCUUCACAAUCAUUCAUGUUAAUACUGACAGGGAAACUAGAACUAAACACAGUAAAGAGCUCACUGAAAUAUAUUAUCAAGAACUUGCCAAAUCAAUUGAAGACUGCGGAUACAGUAUUGAAGAUAUUUAUCCAUACGAUGAAUAUGUAAAAAUGUUAGAUUACAUGAAACCUUUUUCCUUAGUGCACAACAUUAUCAUGAGAGAAAUGAUUUCAUGUACACCUGACGAGAUUAAAGGGUUACUAAAGGAUGAAGAAACGUGUAAUAAAAUAUUUUUUGAAGAUAGAAGUGAACUUAUCAAAAAUAUGUUCAGUAAGUCUGUUUACUAUAGAACUGUUCUGUCAGAAGCUGUAUUAGAUAUGUAUGAGUAUUGCAAAAUAAAGUCUUUUACGUAAAUGAAUAA